AUGGACGACGGCAACGAGGUCAUAGCAAAGAUUCCUUGUCCAAAUGCCGGCCCGCCGUCGUUGACCACGGCUUCUGAAGUUGCCACUCUCAAGUUUCUACGGUCAAAGACGUCCAUUCGAGUUCCGGAAGUUCUUGCCUGGAGCUCUGAUGCUGCCAAUGCGGUCGGUGCGGAGUUUAUAAUAAUGGAAAAAAUUAAAGGGAUUGCCUUGUCCGAGAUAUGGGAGGCAAUGAACACUUUGGAGCGCUACAAAAUAAUUGAUCAAAUUGUCCAGAUUGAGAAGGAACUUGCGCAUAUAUCAUUUCCAGCAUACGGCAGUCUCUUUCUUCGCGAAUCGUUACCUGCUACGUACCGACAAUAUCCACUUCCUCCAAAUCUAGACCCAGAGGGCCUAUUUUGCAUCGGACCAUCCUGUAAACGUACAUGGUGGCACGGCAAUUUCAUCGACAUAAACCAACCGAUAUCAGAAGAUAUGGGCCCAUGGGUGCGUUUUUCGGAAUAUGCGUCAUCAAUUGUACAACGAGAGUUUGCUCAUAUUGCGAAAGCAAGGGAUGAGGUACAACGUCAACUACACAAUUUUGACGAGUCGCAGUCAAUCGUUGAAUACGAAAAUCUGCUGGAGAAAGUGAACAUGAUACUCCCGGUUUUGUCGCAUGACACACGCGUGACAGAUGUCUCAAACUCUGUUAUUUGGCAUACUGACUUACACCUGGGAAAUAUCUUUGUUUCAUUGAAUGAACCCAGUAUUGUUGAAGGAAUCAUCGAUUGGCAAUCGUCUCAACUAUGUCCGUUGUUCAUACAAGCUCAAUUCCCGGAGUUUAUUACGCCACCCAAGGGUUAUAAUCCUGGCACCGACUUACCCAGCUUACCGGAUGGUUUUGAUGACCUAAGUUCCGAGCAAAAGGAACAAGCUACCAUUGAGAAUGAGUUAGCUUCGAGGUCAAAAUAUUACGAAAUGUCUAGCCUUGCACAUAAUAAACACGUGUAUAAUGCUAUGAAACUUGAUCGCCGAUUGUGGGAACCUUUCACUUACUGCCAGCUCUUCUCUCAUGGUAGCUUGGUCCCUCUACGCCAUUGUUUGAUUCGUUUGUACCAGGACUGGUCUUUGCUGGGGCUCCCGGGCAGUUGCCCCUUCUUGAUAUCAGAACAUGAACUUCAGAGACAUGAGAAACAAAAAUUGCAAUAUGAGGACAGGCUUUAUCUCUGGGAUCUUGUGAAGAAUCAGCUUUCCACCGAUAAUGCCGGCUGGGUUCCAAAUAGUCGAUGGGAAGCGACAGAGAAGGCAAACAAGGAGCUGUACAAUAUGUACAUUGAAACAAUGAGCGAAGAGCUUACGCCCCAAGCAGCCGCCAAGAAUUGGCCUUUUCCACCACAACAGGCCUAA